AUGAAGCGGGCAGCUUCAUUGCUUCAGUACACACAUGCAGUGGUACGCCAUAUCCCAAAUAGCUUCUGUGAACACGCACUGAGGAAGGACACAUCAAAACUGAUUGAUUUAGAGAAAGCAAGGCAUCAGCUGCGUGUCUACAUUGAGAACUUGAAGGCGUGUGGAGUGGAAGUCAUAGAACUCGAUCCCAACGAGACUCUGCCAGACUGUACAUUUGUGGAGGAUACGGCUGUUGCUGUCGGGUCACGUGUUCUGUUGGCCCGGCCUGGACAUCCAAGCAGACGCAAAGAAGUAACAGCUAUAAGAAACUGUUUGAAGAACACUCUUGGCUUGACAGACCUCCAUGAGAUGCCUGAUGACGACACAGAUGCUACGUUAGACGGUGGAGAUGUUCUCUUUACAGGUCGUGAAUUCUUUGUUGGACAAUCGAAACGGACAAAUGCAUCAGGACUAAAAAUACUAUCAGAUACGUUUCCAGAGUUUCCAGUGACUGGAAUUUCAGUUUCAGAUAAGUUACACAUACAAGACGUGGCAACGAUGGCCACUGGCGAUGUUGUUAUUGGCGGUGGAGACGCCACUGCCAAAGAAAUAUUCCAGAAUAUUAAGUCUUCUGCCCAUUUUCCGUACACAUUCAUUGAUGUUGAAACGGAUGGUGGUGUCAAUGUACUUGCAGUCAAUGAUCACGUUUUCCACAAAACAAAGCAAGAAAUUGGUGAAGCAUUUUAUAGGACAUUAUUGGACAAAGUUAAAGCCAAGCCCGUUGAGAUGAGCUUCACUGAGUUUGCAAAGGCAGAUGGAAGUCUCACCUGUUGUUCCCUUCGACUGAAUCUACAUUACAGACAAUUAACAUAACAGAAACAGAAGAUGCUAGUCAGCAGUACGCAAGACACAGUGUGACAACAUUACGGAGACAAGACCGUAGCAUAGGGAAGUUGUGAACAUCUCAGGGAAUAUUUAGUUUUCAGAAUUAAAAAGUGAAUAUCAACUAAUAUUAAGGUAUUAAAAUUAUGCAGUCAUGUUAUGAUGUUUGAAUCUGACAUAGCAAAUUCUUAUGCAGUACCAAACAAAAUAUUCCCUGCUUGUUCAAAUGCAAAAAGGUUUUUUUUUUUUUUUUUUUUUUAAGUCUUAUAAACAUGUCUAACUACACAAGAUUUUUGCCUGUCAGCACACAUACUUAUAAAACUGUUAAAGAGUUGGACUUUGGAGGAUAAAUUGAUUUCUCAACCUUAACACCAUACUAAUAACUUGCACUUUUUAGUAUAAACUACAAAGGUGAGUCAGUAAUUAUUUACAAUGUAUUUGUAACAUUUAUUCUCAUAACAUUUCAGACCUUAUAAGGACAUAAUUUUCCAGUCAUUUUAUUCAUUUAUAUUUAUUUUCGUGUUUAUAUCCAGUUACGGUUAAAGCAUGCUGUCCUGGGCA